CUCUAGGGUGAGUCGUGUGCUCGACGCGCCUCUUGACGUCACUGGCUGCAAAUAUUUGUCACUUUAUAGCACGCAUUGCCAUACUUUUCCCUAAUCUCUAUUUCAGGUUAUUCGUUCUGUUUGCUUUUGCCAGUCGGGCUUAUAGAAACUCAGUUAUGAUGUCUCGUGGAAGCGGCUCCGGCUCGCCUUCACAGAAUAUCAGAUCUCGUUCAGAUCGUUCGAGAAAAAGGUCAUUCUGAGAACAACAGCUUGCUACCUUUCUCGCCGUGUUGUUCUUCUAUUGUGAUGCAAAGUGGAGGAAGCAGUGAGGCGAUCGGUCCUUUACUGUAUUCAUCGCACCGACGGUUCUGAUUGCAAAGCUUUCCUUAUCGGACCAGCCUCACCUCUGACCGAUUUCCUAUAGUGGAAGGAUGUCUGGAUGGAGGUACUUUCCGAUACGACGCUGAAUCGGUUUUGAUGCGCUGUAACGCCAUUUUACCCAACUCGUGUACUGUCUUCGGUGGCGCAGAUGCCCGCACCGCAUCGAAAAAACAGCAGCGAUAUCAGCAGGGCUAGCUCCUCCAGUUCGAUCUCUGCAAUUGAUGGAACCAAGCGUAGCAACAAAAAUGAAGAGUCUCGCCGUCGCGAGGAACAGAGGGCUGAAGAAGAUCGAUUGCUGCGCCAGCGCUGGGCCGAGUCGAAAUUGCUUGAAGAAGAAGUCGCUCGACGUUUGGAGCGCUAUUUAGACAGUGAGCUAUCAAAGUUACUUCGUGAGCGGGAGGCUGAAUUUAGAGCUGAAAUCGAGAGGCGUGUGGAAGCAGAGCGGGUCGAGCUUUUGCGCCGACGAGCCGAAGAAUCGGAAAGAAAAGCGCGUGAGGAAGCCGAGGCGGUGAAACGACGUGAGGAGGAGAAAAAACGCCUUAAGGAAAUCAGCGAACGUUUGAUACUGGAGAGGGAAAGAGAGCGAGAGGAAAAACGACGACUCGAAGAAGAAAAGCGGCAAAAGCAAUACGAAGCUGAGCUCCGUGAAUUAGAAGAACGACAGAGAAUGGAACUGGAAGAACAACGGCGAAUAAAGCGGGAACAGGAGAUCAUUCUUAAUAAGAAAAAAGUGCGACCAAAGCUUUGUUUUUCCUUGAAGAAAUGACAUUUUUGGAAUUUGCAAUGGUCGAUGUAUCUACUGUGGCGUCCUUCAACACAGCUUCGCCUGUCCCCUCUGCACCUAGUGUAACUCCUCUGGCUAUUUUGUGAAACCUGUGCGCCAGUGAAAUGGUGCAAUCUUUGUACCUAAGCCCUUCAUAUUGUACAUAAUAAAAAUCAUCCCAAACAUGUUGACUCUGCUAUUGUUCGUUUUCUCUAUGUGGCCGCGGAGCCGAUUUGCAUUGUUGCAUCAAAUUUUGGUCCCUAUUAUCUAUUUCCGUCUUACGUUCCUUCCAGUUCUUUUUAUAAAAUUGUUUACAUAUACGAUUAUAAG